AUGGGCGGCAGCGGCCGAGCAGGGGAGAUGGGGGAGGACGGCCGGGAAGGGCUGGGCGUGCGUCGGAGGCGACGGGAGUCGCGGCGGCCCAGCGCGACAAGGAACCGGGGCCCGCCCAGGGUUGCCACGAGGUCGCUCGUCGCCAGCGCCAGCGCGUCGGCGCAGGACACGACGCCCGGGCACGCGGCCUCCAGCGCCGCCUUGGCGCGGCCCACGGCGUCGAAGGCAUCCCUGGGUAGGGAGAGGUUGAUCUGCACGGCGCGCUCCGGCGCGGCGCCGGAGGAGGAGAGCGGCGAGACCAGCACCAAGGCAUCGCAGCCGUUGACGAAGCAGUCGUGGAAGAAGAGCCGUAGCGUGCCCGUCGCCGUGGACGGGCUGGCGUGCUGCUUGGCGGCGACGGUGUCCGACACGAUCCGCUCCCGCCGUGCAGCAGGCGGCCGCGGUGGCGAGCAACGUGGGGGAUAG